AUGGUGUCACGACUCGCUAGUAUCGCCUUUUGGGCGGUUGCUCUUUGUUUCUUAUGCUUUGCAACAUUGACUAACGCCGACAGCACCUUUCAACCUCGUGGCAGUCGUGCUCACAUCCACCGUCGAGCCAAUGUCAUCACCAAGGCACCUUCUUGGACCAAGAAGAUUACCCAGAGUCCGGGUCACCAGAACCCUGCCAAGGCUCCGCCGAACCCCACUGAAGAUCUUGAGCUCUCUAGUGACUCUGCUGUCAGCCUUGACCAGUACUACAAGGAUGCUGCUAAUGCUACUGAAUCUUCUGCUGGAGUCACUCCUAACAAGUCUGGUCUCUCACGCCGUUCUCUUGAGAAGCGCGGUGACGGUCCCCUCUACUGCAAGGACAGAGCUUGUCCUGACGACAGCUGCUGUGGUCCGAAGGGAAUUUGUGGUUAUGGACCUGACUACUGUGGUGACGGAUGCACAUCUAACUGUGAUGCCAAGGCCAUGUGUGGAGAGUAUAGUGAAGAGGGUGAGAUGCCUUGUGGCAUGAACCUCUGCUGUUCUGCCACUGGUUGGUGCGGUACUACCGAAGUGUUUUGUGACAACGCUGAUCCCCUACACAAGACGUUGCCAUGCCAAGCUGGUUACGGAGGCUGCAACAUUGUGUCAUCUCCUUCAUGCGCAAAGGGAGGUGGUAGCACAAACGGACGAACAAUCGGAUACUAUCAAUCUUGGAACGUUCGUGCUCGUAAAUGCGACACCAAGACCCCCAAGCAGCUCAACACCAAAGGCUAUACUCAUCUUUUUUACUCUUUUGCCUUUAUCGAUCCUGCUUCGUUCAAGGUCACCCCGGCCCACGAUGACGAUAUUGACCAAAUGCGUGAGUUUACCGACCUCUCCAAGGACGGCAAGCUGCAAACUUGGAUCGCCAUCGGUGGCUUUGACAUGAGUAACGAGGAAGCUCCUACUCACACCACUUGGAGUGACAUGGUCUCUACCAAGGCCAACCGAGCUGCUUUCAUCGAGUCUGUUCGCUCUUAUAUGGAUGAGUAUGGCUUCCAGGGUGUUGAUCUUGAUUGGGAGUAUCCUGGUGAGCCUAAGCGUGGUGGUCGAAAGCUUGCUGAUACGCGCAAUUUCUCUAUGCUCCUCAAGGAAAUGCGAGCUGCUUACGGUAGUAAGUACGGCAUCAGCUUGACUUUGGCUCCUGACUACUGGUACCUUCGUUGGUUUGACGCAAAGGCUAUGGAGCCUUAUGUGGAUUUCUUUGGAUUCAUGGCCUACGAUCUACACGGCUACUGGGAUGAGGAUGUCAAGACUCUCGGCAAGAUCAUCCGUGGUCAAGCCGACAUUCGUGAGAUUGGCAACAAUACUAUCCCUCUCUGGUUCGGCGGUCUGGACCCCAAGAAGAUCAACUUUGGUCUUGCUUUGUAUGGACGUGGUUACACUGUUGCAGACAAGAGCUGCAAUGAUCUCGGAUGCUCAUUUGCCGGCCCUAGUAAGAAAGGAGAGUGCACUGACUCGGACGGCGUCAUGUCACUCGGUGAGAUCAAGAGACUGAUCAAGGAGGGCACUGUUGAAUCUGUUUAUAACAAGGAGACGAUGAUGAAGCAGAUUACCUGGGACGAUCAGUGGAUUGGAUACGAUGAUGAGGAAACCUUUGCUGAUAAAAAGGCUUGGGCUGAUGGUUACUGCUUCGGAGGUACUAUGGUAUGGAGCAUUGAUUUCCAAGAAUCCGAAGGCGACAAAGGCAACGACUUCCCCAUCAAGAACCCUGGCAGUGGCAACACCGGAGGUCCCAACAAAGGCGUUGACAACGGUAAAAACAAGGCUGAUGGUAGCCAUAAGGAUACCCCCUUCACGGGAUUCAUCGGUUGCACAGUUGUUCAAAAGGCGCAAAUCGCCCAGAGCUGGUGGGACGUUGUCGAAUUCGUCAAACUGGCUGCCGCUACUGACUUUAACAAAAACCCGGGCACUCUGGAAGAUCGGGUUUUUGGCUCUGAUGUGAACACGAGAGAGGGUGCUGCCGACUUUAUCCACAUGAUCUACGCGAAUAUCCUGAAGCUUUACACCGACAAGGUCUACGGGAAGAUCCACAUGAGCUGUAUAGACGUGGAACAGACACACAGGAAACAGCAAACCUCGUGUGCCAGUGAGGUCCGCAAAGGUGGAGUUGGUGGAUACGCCUUCUCAUACAGUCAGAAGAUCGAAGACCAAUACAUCGUCAUGUGCUAUCCAUUCUACCAGCCAGGCCAGCCACUGCUUAAAGACUUGCUUGUGGAGCUGCGAGGCCACAAGUCGUAUCAAAAGGACCCGCAUCAGAUGAAUGGCAAAACUAGAAUGCUGCUCCAUGAGAUCACGCAUCUGGCUGCUUUUUCUGAGACGGACAAGAUUGUUGUGAAGGACCAAAUCCUACGUCCCGAAGCCAACGACCCCGAAAGUGUGUACGGACCGACGUUGGUUCAGAGAAUGGGGAUGCAUAGAUUGGCGUCUGUGCGAGCUCGUACACAAUUGAAUGCGGACUCCUACGCGAUGUACGCUGGAUGGAAGUACUUCGAGGCUCUGUUCGGAACACCUGAUGCUGUCGUGGUACCCAGAGAUGAAGACGACGGCGUAUCUGAUACACUCGUCUGCUCUCCAACCGACACUAAUGGCCCAGUCCUGAGCCGAGACAAUGUCAAAUCCGAUAUUGACAAGUGGUGUGACUCUUUGGACCAAGGAACAAUCAGUCAAGAUGAUACUCGGGACGAGUAUGUCAAGCAUUUCGGUAGUCCUGGAAAUAAACAAACCGAGCUUGUCUACAGUGCCAACUGGGUUAAGAAUGUCAAAGGCGAUGGGUGCCCUGAUAGAACCAGAGGCACAGAACCGAAGCACUGUAAAAAGGCAAUGUACGAGGUGCUGGAUUCUUGUGGUAGGAAAGAUGGGAUGGAUGGCGGGUCAUCAAGAUAUGGUGGAAGUGAGCAAGGAGAUGAACAGUGUGUGAUUUGGCAGAUUGAGAUCAUUGAUCUUUGA